GAAGCAGCUUUCCGUGCCCGGGCGGCUGCCUGCGGGCACUUUGAUGAAUCACGUGUGUUGAGGCCCUCUUAAAGAGAUAGGAUCUACUUUUCUUCCGCCCUCAACACCGCCCUGAGGGCGGUGGCGACCGUGGUGACUGCAGCUGCUGAGGGGCAGGGCUUGCCCCAGCGCCGAGUAGUGGCAACGGCGUGUUGCGUCGGGGGUGCCUGAAAUCGGCAGCUCGCGGCUGACGCUCUUCUUACAAGAGGUGCUGCCGAAUCAGCGCGGGACAGCGGGACCGCCCCAGAGACUUCCUCACUUGAGGAGAGGUGGGGUUCCUGGGCACAGGUGACAGGGCCGGAGAAAGAUGGAGCAGCCCGGCGCGGUGGCGUCGGGAGCGGGAGGCGGCGGCGAGGAACCCAGUGGGGGCCGGAGCAACAAGCGGAGCGUGGGGAACCGGGCAGCCAACGAAGAGGAAACGAAAAACAAACCCAAACUGAACAUUCAAAUAAAAACUUUGGCCGAUGAUGUGCGUGAUCGAAUUACAAGUUUCAGAAAAUCUACUGUCAAAAAAGAAAAACCUCUUAUUCAACAUCCUAUUGAUUCUCAAGUUGCGAUGAGUGAGUUUCCAGCAGCUCAGCCCUUAUACGAUGAACGAUCUUUGUAUUUGUCAGAAAAGGAAGUACUGGAUCUCUUUGAAAAAAUGAUGGAGGACAUGAACCUUAAUGAAGAACGAAAAGCUCCUUUACGAAACAAAGAUUUUACCACCAAGCGUGAGAUGGUUGUCCAGUAUAUUUCUGCUACUGCCAAAUCUAUAGUUGGAAGUAAAGUUAUGGGAGGGUUGAAAAACAGCAAACAUGAAUGCACCCUGUCUUCACAAGAAUAUGUUCAUGAAUUACGAUCUGGUAUUUCAGAUGAGAAACUUCUUAACUGCCUUGAAUCUCUGAGGGUUUCUUUAACCAGCAAUCCUGUCAGCUGGGUUAACAACUUUGGCCAUGAAGGUCUUGGACUCUUAUUGGAUGUGCUGGAAAAGCUUCUGGACAAGAAACAGCAAGAAAAUAUUGACAAGAAGAAUCAGCAUAAACUUAUUCAGUGCCUCAAAGCAUUUAUGAAUAAUAAGUUUGGACUGCAAAGGAUUCUAGGAGAUGAAAGAAGUCUUUUACUACUGGCAAGAGCAAUUGACCCCAAACAACCCAACAUGAUGACUGAAAUAGUAAAAAUACUUUCUGCUAUUUGCAUUGUUGGAGAAGAGAACAUUCUAGAGAAACUCUUAGGGGCUAUAACUACAGCAGCAGAAAGAAAUAACAGGGAACGAUUUUCACCAAUUGUGGAAGGAUUAGAAAAUCAUGAAGCUUUGCAGUUACAGGUGGCCUGCAUGCAGUUUAUAAAUGCCCUGGUCACUUCUCCUUAUGAGCUUGAUUUUCGUAUACAUUUAAGGAAUGAAUUCCUGCGUUCAGGACUAAAAGCAAUGUUACCAGAUCUAAAAGAAAAAGAAAAUGAUGAACUUGAUAUUCAGUUGAAAGUAUUUGAUGAGAACAAAGAAGAUGACCUAACUGAAUUGUCACACCGUCUCAAUGACAUUCGAGCAGAAAUGGAUGAUAUGAAUGAAGUAUACCAUCUUCUGUAUAAUAUGUUAAAGGACACUGCUGCUGAAAAUUACUUAUUAUCCAUUCUACAACAUUUUCUGCUGAUCAGAAAUGAUUAUUUUAUCAGGCCACAGUAUUAUAAAAUAAUUGAGGAGUGUGUUUCACAGAUAGUGUUGCACUGCAGUGGCAUGGACCCAGAUUUCAAGUACAGGCAAAGAUUAGACAUUGAUCUCACUCAUCUCAUAGAUUCUUGUGUGAACAAGGCGAAAGUUGAAGAGAGUGAACAAAAAGCAGUGGAAUUUUCAAAGAGGUUCGAUGAAGAAUUCACAGCUCGACAGGAAGCUCAGGCUGAGCUUCAGAAAAGAGAAGAAAAAAUCAAAGAGCUCGAAACAGAAAUCCAGCAACUUCGAACCCAGGGACAUGGACUCCCAGGUUCAUCAGGAAUUCCGGGUCCGCCUCCACCACCAGGUGGUGGGCCAGCCCCACUACCACCUCCACCAGCACCACCUUUACCUGGAGGAGCUCCCACUCCUCCCCCACCUCCUCCCCCACCUCCUUUACUUGGAAUGCCUGGUGUUCCACCACCACCACCUGUCUUUGGAGCACCACCUGUUCUACCUUAUGGAAUGAAGCAGAAAAAAAUAUAUAAGCCCGAGGUGUCCAUGAAGAGAAUGAAUUGGUCACAGAUUGAGCCCACACAAUUAUCUGAAAACUGUUUCUGGUUAAAAGUUAAGGAGGAAAAGUUUGAAAAUCCAGAUCUCUUUGCAAAAUUGGCAUUGAAUUUUGCUACCCAGAGAAAAGUUAAAACGAAUUCAGAAACUGCAGAAGAAAACACACUGCCUUCAAAGAAGAAAGUGAAAGAAUUGAGAGUUUUGGAUCCUAAAAUAGCCCAGAAUCUGUCUAUCUUCCUAGGAUCAUAUCGUAUGUCAUAUGAAGAUAUAAAGAACAUUGUUCUGGAGGUUAACGAAGAAAUGUUGAGUGAGGCCUUAAUUCAGAACCUUGCAAAAUAUCUUCCUGAGGAGGAGGUACUCAGUGAAUUAGCACAGCUGAAAAACGAAUACAAUGACCUCUGUGAGCCUGAACAGUUUGGACUUGUGAUGAGCUCAGUGAAAAUGUUGCAUCCGCGUCUCAACAGCAUUCUUUUCAAGCUCACGUUUGAAGACCACAUAAACAACAUCAAACCAAGCAUCAUGGCAGUGACUCUUGCCUGUGAAGAGCUAAAGAAAAGUGAAAGCUUUAACAGACUUUUAGAGUUAGUUCUUUUGGUUGGAAACUACAUGAACUCAGGCUCACGAAAUGCCCAGUCUUUGGGUUUUAAGAUCAACUUCCUUUGUAAGAUCAGAGAUACUAAAUCAGCCGAUCAAAAAACAACCCUUUUACAUUUUAUUGCUGAAAUUUGUGAGGAAAAGUACCGGGAUAUCCUGAAAUUUCCUGAAGAACUGGAACAUGUAGAGAGUGCAAGCAAAGUUUCAGCUGAAAUUCUCAAGAGUAACCUUGAAGCAAUGGAACAACAAGUUAUUAAUCUGGAACGUAACAUCAAGAAAUUCCCCCAAACAGAAAAUCAACAUGAUAAGUUUGUGGCAAAGAUGACAAGCUUUACAAAGACUGCCAGAGACCAAUAUGACAAACUGUCCACUAUGCACAAGAACAUGGUAAAGCUGUAUGAGAAUCUUGGAGAGUACUUUAUUUUUGAUACUAAGACAGUGAUCAUGGAAGACUUUUUUGGUGAUCUCAACAACUUCCGAACUUUGUUUCUGGAAGCAGUGAAAGAAAACAAUAAGAAAAAAGAAAUGGAAGAGAAGAUUAGGAGGGCAAAGCUUGCAAAAGAGAAAGCUGAACAAGAAAAGUUAGAACGCCAGAAGAAAACGAAACAGCUCAUUGAUAUAAACAAAGAGGGUGAUGAGACUGGCGUGAUGGAUAAUCUUCUAGAAGCCCUACAAUCAGGAGCAGCAUUCCGAGACCGCAGAAAGCGGAUUCCAAGGAAUCCAGGGCUGCAGUCAUCUGUGGCCUUGGCCAAGGCUGGAGAAUCUGCUUACAAGUGUACUUCCUCACUGUGUGGGCCUCUCUGCAGGGCUUCUCGAGUCUCUUCACAAUAUGGCUGCUGCUUCCCAAAGCAUACAAGACGAGUACCUUUGGAAAGGUCCCGCUCUCGCCACAAUGGAGCUUUCGCAUCCAAGUGAUUCCCAAUGCCAAAGAACAUGAAAAUAUUUAAGUAAACAAAAUUUACCUUUAGAGAGCAAAACAUGCAUUCAAGGAAUGGGGAGAGAAUAACUGCAUUUCUACAAAGAGCAAGCGAAGCUGGGUGAGAUAGUGUGCAUUUGUAAAGCUAUUCCAAGACUCCUCCCACAGUUCCACUAAUAUGAGCACAAUCAUCAGGAUCAUAAGACGUGUUCCAUUUUAGUGAAAAGAUGUGGAUUACUUGUUAUUGUGUGUGACCUGAUGGUGAUGAUGAAUGGUAUAAAAACAGUUCUAAGGCUUUCAAAGACAUUUCGCCUAUCAAAAAUUUACAGAUUUACUCAAAUAUGCAGGUCCCUCCAAAUAAAAAGGAAGAGAAGAAAAGAAAGAGAAUUAUUCAAUGUCCUCUUGUAAUUCCUGUUGCAUAGAAAAAGAAAGGGCCAGUGCAAAUGUGAUUUGGAGAGGCACUAAUAUUGCACACUCUGUAAGAGAAGCCACUUUGGAAAUGCAAAAAAAGCCCUGCUUCACCCAUGUCAAGUUAUUCAGAAUCUUAUCACAAGUGAAAGCUGAUGGAUUCAUCUGCUUUGGCUUGAAAUUAAAUUUAUCAUCAAUCUAGAGUUUCAGCAUGAUAUUGCAGGCACUUAUCAUUGCUAAAAAUAAACCAAAGUUUAACAGAAGCAGUUAGAGAAAGUGAUUUAAACUUUAUUUAAAGAGGUAUUUUCUAAUUAUGCACAUAUAUCUACUUUAUACAAAUAACUUUAUAUGGCUAUUUUUGAGAAAAACCUCACAUUUUAAUGUUUAUGCUGGGGACAGACCUGAAAAUUCUAUUACCUUUAUUUAGAUUUUUAAAGGUAAAUAUCAAUUCCUACUCUUUGUGGUUUACUUCUUCUACUGCCUCUGUUACCUCUUUCUCCCAUGACCCCCUUGGAGGCAGGGAAUAGAGUUCUAGAAAACCUGAGAGGAAAAAGAUUUCUCUCUGCAGGAAGCAGCAGAAACUGUCUGAAAGGUCAAUUGUUUUAUCUGUCUUCCUACUCCCUUUCCAAUUCUGCCUUGAUGGCCUGAAGAAGAAAAAGAAAUUGUAUGUAUGUAUGUGUAUAUAUGAAUAUAUAUUUAUAUUUCCUAUUACAAUAAUUCCACAUCCCAGUGACCAAGUGAACUUCUCAAUCAUCAUCAUAUUUACUUACCUUACAUUAACAUAUUAAAGUGAUGCUGCCAAACAGCCCUAGGGGAAAAAAUAGGCUGUACAUUUUUCUUAAAGAGAUGAGAGAGUAGAAGUUACACUUAACUUGUCUGUUGUUUGAAAAUAUGCAUUCAAAUAAUGUGUAACUUCUCUAGAGCAAUUUUAAGACUAAUCCAUGCAGAUGAUUGUGAUUAUCAUAAAAGAUUUCUUACUAUAACUAUUUCUUAUAUAGAAUAUCCUAUUUCUACUCCUCCAAAGCACAUUCUAGAUAUUCAGAAAGAACAAAUGACUGGCUUGCCAAGUCGCUACCAGAGAUAAUGUAAACAAGUGACCAGUAGCUCAGUUUCCUUUAAUACAGAUGUACAGUGAUUCAGACUUCUGCCUGUUCCUCCAGUGCAUUCUUUCUUGGCAAUUAUGCUUUAAAAAGCUCUGAAGCUGCUACAUUAGAGAAAUCAGACAGAAUAACAGUAUCUGAGAUUUUACCAUUUUAAAUUAUCUGAGGACACACACAUAUGCGCACACAAACAAGUUUAGGGACAUAAUUUCAUACCCUGUUUUUGUAACAACAACAAAGACUUAAGUUCUACAAGUUCAUGUAAAUAAGCUGUGUAUUUUUGACUUCAUGAAGUCUUUUCAGAAUCUUCAUGGUAUGGCUUCUUUCAGUCUUUUGACAGCUUUUCCGGCUGUGGGAAAAUGAUUAUUUUGAAAUAUUAAUCCUGACUGAAAUUUGGGGGUAUUUGCCAUGCCAUAUUACCAAGCUGGUUAAAGGUGAAAACACAAAUGUGUAUCACCUUUUCCAGAUGUGAACCUACCUUAUUUUUUAGUUUGUGGAAAAAAAAAUUGAAGAACUAUUACUAAUAAAUUAUAUCUUUGUAUUUAGAAGCAGUCCCAUAUGUUAUUUGUAAACAUUAUGGACUAUUUCAGGGUCUUUCAUGAAGUUUUAAUAAUUGAAUUUAAGGGUUUGCUUCCCAGAUUUGUAAUGGUCCUGCUCUAGCCAUUUGCAGUGUUGUUGCAGUUUGAAAAUUAUCACCAGAAACAAGAGAGUAGCAUUUUUAGUAUAUUAUACUAAGUCUUUUGUUGGGUUUAUUACUGCCCCAUGUGAAAAGCACCAAUUUAUGCAGAUUUUCUUCAGAAUGUUUUUAAAAGUGCAAAACCCUUUAAAUGUUUACCAGUCAUAUUAGUUUCUUUGGCUGCUAUAACAAAUCACCACAAAUUUGGUGGUGUGACACAUCAGAAGUGUAUUCUCUCAUGGUUCAGGUGGCCAGAUAUUCAAAAUCAGGGACCAUACUCCCUCCAGAGGCUCUAGAGGAACAACAUCUUCCCUUGCCUCUUCCAGCAUGUGGUAGCUAGUGGCAUACCUGGGUUAUGGCAGCAUUCCCUCUCUGCUUCACCUUCACAUCACCAUCACCUUCCUGUGUAUCUAAUCUUCCUAUGCCUUUCUCUUAUGAGGACACUUUUGCUGGAAUUUAGGGCCCACCCACAUAAUCCAGGAUAAUUUCAUCUCAAGAUCCUAAACUUGGUCACAUCUGUUGGACCCUUUUUCCAAUUAAGGUUCUAGGGAUUAAGGUGUGGACGAAUCUUUUUGGAGGUGACCAUCAACCCACUACAACCUGACCUCUGGCCCUCCAAAUUUGUCCCCUGUGUAAAAUAUAUUCACCCCAUACCAACACCCCCAAAAGUCUCAACCCAUCAACUGGAACAACAACUCUAAAUCUAAAAUCUCAUCCAAACAUCAUCAGGUCAAAAGUCCCAAAUGUCAUCAGCUAAAUCAGGACUAGGUGAAAAUCCCGGGGGCAAAAUUCCUCUCCACCUGUGAACCAGUGAAACAAGUUACCUGCUUGCAAAAUACAAUGGUGGGACAGGCGUAAGGUUAAUAGUUAUAGAUCCUGUUCCAAAAAGGAGAAAAUGGAAAGGAGUUCCCUGUCCUGAUGAUUUUCAAACUUCAGGCAGGAAAAAUCCCUUUAGGUUUCAAGACCUCACAAUAAUUCUCCAUGUCUCAGGCCCCCAACGCUUUAGGGCUGCAGCUCUGGCCUCUGGGUCAUGAAUUGAGUCUCUGCUUCUGUGCCCGUACUUGGGCUUCUGCCUCUGCCCUAGGGGCAAUCCUUUAUAUCACGGGGUAGCACAUAUUUGCAGCCUUAUCAGCCUGCUUCCUGCCUGUAAUAUUUUGGUCUUCUGACAGCCUUCAUUCAUUUUGUCCUAUGUGUCCCUCUCAGGGUAACCUAGGACUGUUUCUGCUGAUGCAACAUUCUCAAAAUCUUUGUAGGCCUCCCGGGUAUGUCACAUUGAUUCAAUAGUAAGACAAGAGAGUCCUCACAGAUCUUUGCCAAAUAAUCCCAUCUCUAUUCCUGGCUUCUACUGAGAUGUUUGAAUGGAUCCAUGGGUCAAUGCCUGCUCUCUUAAGUACUAGCCAAAGGUUGUCUAGCCACACCUUUGGCUCUAUCUACAGAACACAUCAUCCUAACAGGAAAUCUCCUAAUUUUAGUAUCUUUUGCAAUCUGAAUAGGCUCAAAAUUUCCUGACCCACCAAGUGCUGGGUCCUUUCUGCUUAAGAGUUCUUUCCUCAUUUUAUCUCUUUCCUCUUGUAUUUUACUUUAAGCUCAAUCAGAAAGUAGGCCAUUACCUCCAACACUUUGCUUGGAAAUCUCCUCAGCUAAAUAUCCAAGUUCCUUUCCUAACUUUACAAAUUCUGCUUUCCACACAACUGCUAGAGACAAUUCAGAUAAGCUUUUGCUGCUGUAUGACAAGGAUCAUCUUUCCUCUAGUUUCCAAUAAAAUGUUCCUCACUUCCUUCUGAGCUCUCACCAGAAGCACCUUUAACAUUCAUAUUUCUAACAGUCUAGCAAUCUAUGAUUUUUCAAUCAAAUGCAGCCUCUUCCAGUCUCUACCCAUUGUCCAGUUCCAAAGCCACUUCCAAAUGUUUAGGUAUUUUAGCAGUACCUUACUGCCUGGUACUAAAAUCUGUAUUAGGUUAACAGCUUACUCCAAGCAUCUUUAGCUUAAAACAACAGCAAUGUACUUUGUUACUAUUUUGGAGGCAAGAAGUCCUAACUUGCAAUUUGGGCAGGGCUGCGCUCUCUCUGGCGGUUCUAGGGGAAAAUCCAAUCCUAUAAACCUCUUGCGGUUUCUUGUAACUGUCAUCCUCCCUUGGCUUGAUGCCAAAUCUCUCUGUGUUCUAUCUUCCCUCACCUUUCCCUCUGGAUAUCUAAUCUACCUCUGCCUCUUUUUAUAAAGACACUUGUGAUGGCAUUUAUCCCAUCCACCCAACUUAUCCGUGAUAAUCUCCUCAUCUCAAGAUCUUAAUUAUAUCUGUCAAGACCCUUUUUCCAAAUAAAGUAACAUCACAGGUUCCAGGAAUUAAAACAUGGACAUGCCUUUGGGGAGCCACCAGUCAGCUCACUACACUAGUCAUGGCACAUAAAUGUACUUUUUACUUUUUAAAAUGGAUUGUCAGUGCUCAAGCCAAAUUCAAGGUUGUCUCUAAAAGCUAUUGUUUGCACAGGCUACUGCAUGCUUUGAUGUUAAAUAGCUAAACAGGUUUCUACACUUUGGUUUCAUACGUUUGCUACUAUCGCCAAUUAGCCUGAAAAAAAUAAUUGGUUCCAACUGUGAGCUCUGGGAUAGCUCUUCUGUCCCUUUUAUGGAGUCUUUGACCAAAUGUGUUCUAUGAUUCAUGAUGCAGGCAUAAAACUACCUCUGAUACAGAAGGGUUCUUUACAAACUUACUGUAGAUAUUGUGAAUCCCUCAGCUGAAGGGAGCAGUGACCGCAAAGCGUGCUUUGAUGGUAUUCAGGGAGAUUGUGGCCACGCCAAGACAACCAGAAGUAGUUAGGUAGCAGUAGAACUGUGGGUUCAUGCUCUCAUUUUUCCUUGGAAUAAACAUCUGUCUCUUUGCAAGACUAAGAAUGACUUGUAAUCUGUGUGUAAUGCAUACUUAAUUAUUCAAUAAAGUUAAGAUAUAAAUUAAA